UAUAGCAAGGUGUGAAUUUUUGGACCCUGAUAAGAAUUUAUUUUCAAUUUUUAUCCCCAUUAUUGUGCUUUCCCCCGCCGCUCUUCCGUACCACCUUGGUUGUCGUCUGCUCACCAUCAUGGUCCUCUACCACUCCGAAGUGGACAAUUGCCUGUUGAUCUACGCAAGUGCGACCUUGCUCUACGGCGGGACAAUUCUUUACCGAGCCAAGAAGAACCGGGUGGAGAAAGCCAUUCCUUUCCUCUUGGGCAUCCUCUUGCUGUUUGCUUUGGAAAUCCUGUGCUUUGCGACCCUGAGGAGCUACCUGGGCUUGAGCUUAUUCUCGUUGGCGUGCCUCAUCUUUUGCAUUUACACACCUACGCAAGCCAUGCUGCCUGUGGACCGCAAAGCUGUACUCAUCACAGGCAGUGACAGUGGCAUAGGGCAUGAGCUGGCAAAGUACCUCGACCACUUGGGAUUCACUGUAUUUGCUACGGUUUUGAAUGACAAAGGGCCUGGUGCCGAAACGCUGAGAAAGACCUGUUCCGAAAGGCUCUCCAUCCUGCGAAUGGAUGUCACCAAUUCUGCACAGAUUAAAGAUGUGUAUCUUGAAGUUAAAAGAAAGUUGCAAAAUGAAGAUCUUUGGGGUGUCAUCAACAAUGCAGGGAUAAUGGGAUACACUGCUGACGGGGAAUUGCUUCCCAUGCGUUCUUACAAACAGUGCAUGGACGUCAACUUCUUUGGUCCCGUUGAGUUGUCAAAAACCUUCCUGCCCUUGCUCCGGAAAUCCAAAGGAAGGCUUAUUAACAUCUCAAGCUUGGCAGGAGGCAUCCCAAUGCCGCGAUUUGCUGCCUAUGGAGCAUCCAAAGCCGCUCUGUCCAUGUUUUCUGGAGUGAUGAGGCAGGAGCUGUCAAAAUGGGGCAUCAAAGUAGUUGCCAUUCAUCCAUCAGCCUUCAGGACAGGUAUCCAGGGAAAUCCUGAGCUCUGGAAUAAGGAAGAACAGAACCUUCUUGACAAUCUCACACCAGAUGUGAAGAAAGAUUAUGGUGAAGAUUACAUCCACUCGAUGAAGACCAUGCUUAUUCACAUUCCCUCUUUUUCAGCGUCUGAUUUUUCACCUGUACUCUAUGAUGUUACGCAUGCAUUACUGGCAGUGCAUCCACACGGUUUAUACACUCCUGGCAAGAAUGCCUACAAAUUCCUGCUCCUCUUCUGCUAUUCACCUCUGUGGUUUUAUGACUUUUUCAUGAGCAAAUGUAUGAGUCCACCCAGCAUACCCAGUGCUCUAAGGGUCACUGAGACCAAAAGCAAGAACUAAGAGACAGAUCUGGGAGCAGAUGCGUUUUUCCCCCAAAUUCCAACCAACAAUGCUUUAGAAAACGGUAAUACUUUAGAAAACCAUUGGUCCACAUUCUUUGUUUGUGAACCAUUGGUCCAUGAUCUUUAUUUGUGAAGAUGUGAAUGGUGGAUUUUUUAAGGGUUGUUUUUUUAAUGCUCUGCUACAAUCGUUGCAUGACAUGCAAAGUAGGAAGCAUCUGGCUUUAUGGCCAGUAGUUUCUCAUAUCAUCGCCUUGUAUAUUUUACCUUUUAUUUUUUCCUACCUUUUUUGGUUUAGUGUUUUUUACUAUAACAAAGGCUGAGCUUAUUUGUAUUUUAUGAGCAUUCGUUGCAAUGCCAAUACCUGCCUUCCUUUUCCAAUAACUUCUUGGCUCUCAUCAUAUUCUUCUUACUCUCUCAGUUGCCCUCAUUGACACAAGCACAUUUCCAAAUUAUCUUCAAUUACAUAACGUUAUGAUAUCAUAAUUUACCAUGCCCCUUUUUCAUGGGACAGAGGCAUGUGCUUGUAGAUUGGGGUAAUGGGUCAGAUUCUUUGCUGCCAUCUUCACUCUUGACAUUCAUAUGGUUAGAUAAAAAUGUGAAUAUAUGUUAUGCAUGCAUAUUUUUUUUGCUUGCAGAUUUCUCGCUAUACAAUCAGGAAUCCUAGGGAGAAAAAUAGAGCCCCUGAUUGGUUUUACUAUACUAUGUAUAUAAGCUUUAUUUGGGUUUUCAGCUGAAUUAACAGAAGCAAAGCAGCAGGGAGUAUUCUACUUGUCUCUUCACUCAUUCUUUGUUGUUUAUAGAAACCUACUUGUAACUAUGUGCAAGCCUAGCUCUGCUAACAUGUCCUUAUUUUAACCAAACACAGAAUUGAAAUGCAAGAUUGGUUGUUGGCUUAUGACCUUUGGCUUGUUUAAUCCAUAGGAACACAGAAAUAUGGCUUGUUUCCCCUGUCUCCCCAAACUGAAACAGGAACUGACAAAAAGAACAGCUGAAAAAAGAAAUCAGAGACAAACCAGAAAGCAAAAAAGACAAGCCAUGGUUUGCUUGUUCGUAUACAUGCAAGUGGUGGCUUAAGCAACAAACCAUGGUUAACCCCAACCAUGCCUUACUGUGAU